GGGCGGUAGGUGGUGGUGGCUCUGCUGCAUCCCGUGUCAUUUCCGCACUGUGCAGGCAGCGAGGGUUUGUGGAUCACGCACGAUUAUGACAUUUCACUGUCCCGUCGGUAGGCGGGACAAGCGUCGACGAGAUGCCAAAUACCGUCUGGGUCUGCCAGGAGGAUGCGAUGCAGCAACGAUGUGGACCAACAUAAUCUGUCGCUUCUGUAUGGGAUAAAAGCAAAAAUGUGCACCACGUUGCAGGGAAAGUCAACAGUGGGAUAGAGCGUUGGCCCCUCGCUGAGCACCCACAGAAAUCAAUCAAGUUUACUCCAAAAUGUAUCAAAGCUCAUUAAAUGGCCGAAGACAUCUUCAUAUAUAGAGGACUGCAGAGCUGUCAGCUUCCUCAGAAAUUGUGAGAUGCAGUUUGCAUGAACGACAAUUCUUUAAAAAACUGUUAGUAUUUUCAACACGCAGGAGCACCACGCCCGACCGCCUUUGUCUCUCCGGAUCUGAUGUUUAUGCAAAUCAUCAAUCACUAAACAACCUCAUUGGCUGCAGAGGCAAGUGCUGUCAGGGAGCACCUAUUAAGGCAAUCAUGGUACACAAAUAACUGAAAAGUAGUACAAUUCUCGCCCGCCUUUGUCUUCCCAGUACUGGCGAGUAUGGCAAAAGCGACCUAGGGGAGACACAGGGCAGGUUCAGAUAUCACUCACCACCAGGUCUAAAAUUUUAAAAGAAUAUUUUCCAGCCUCACCAUCCCCGAAACUCCCAGCUACCUGGACCCAUCUCCACAACAGCGGGGAAAUACCCUGAGAACGAUUGUUUAAGGACGCUUAAUGCAUUUAAAUUAUUGUUUCCCAAAUGUCAGUCCCGAACAGCUACAAGUGAAUGAAGUCCUUCCUCGCCACUGAUGUGCAUGACCAAGAACUGAACCUAGGACGCUGGGGUUGAAUCAUUAUCAUCAUCAUCAACCACGCUGCUGCUCUCUAAGAGCGAGCCCGUGCCACCUCCAUCUGCCCUCACUUUCAGCGCGCGACGCUGAGCGAGAUGGUCAGGGGCCACGCCAAGCCCCACGUGCGUCACGUCAUCUUCACGGCCCGCGACCACCGGGACCCUGGUGACCCCUCGGAGCUCAGUCGUGACCCCGACCCCGAACCCGACGAGUUCGCCUCCUGGAAGGUCGAGCCUACCACUGCACCCAGCGUGCGCUGCCGAUUUUACCUGCUCCCUAGCUACGACAGUGAUACUGACCAAGAUGCUGGCGCCGCCGCCGCUGCUGCUGCUACUGCCGCUGAUGGUGACGACGGUGAGGCUGGUGGAGGUGGUGGUGGUGGUGGUGCCGGUGCUGGUGGAAGCCCUGAUCCUACAGACCCAGGAGACGAGGAGGCGAGGCGCAAGCGGAUCCUGCUGCUGAAGGAGCACCUCGCCAGGGCGGGCUUCAACGCCUCUCUGCCCACGACCAUCCUCAUUCACGGGUACCGCGUGUCUGGCACGGAGCCGGACUGGAUCGAGGAGAUUGCGGCGGCGGUGCUGGAGGCGUCCCAGGGCCGCAUGAACGUGAUCGCGGUCGACUGGAUCAAGGGCGCGAGCAGCUCGUACUCGCGGGCCGUGCGAUACGCACGCACCGCCGCCGCCGCUGCCACGGCCGCCCUCGUCAGGGACCUCACGACCCCAGAGGUGGGUGCACGGGAGCAGUCGCUGCACCUGGUGGGGGUCAGCCUGGGCGCGCACCUGGCCGGCUUCGUGGGCCAAAGCUUCCAGGGUCGUCUCGGCCGCAUCACCGCCCUCGACCCCGCAAGCCCCGGCUUCUCCCAGGUCGGCCCCGCAGAGCGACUCGACCCGAGUGACGCCGCCUUCGUGGACGCCAUUCACACGGACGGCGACAACUUCGGUCUCCGGCAGCCCGUGGGCCACGUGGACUUCUAUGUGAAUGGUGGCGAUGAUCAGCCUGGAUGUGGAGGGUUUGGCUACCAGUCGAUGAUCUGCGACCACAUGCGCGCCGUGCGGCUGUGGCUGAGCUCCCUUCGCUCCCCGUGCGAGCUGCGCGCCUUCCCGUGCGACUCCGUCGCCGCCCUGGCCGCCGGACGCUGCCUCGAGUGCCGCACGGAGCGCACGGCGUCGUGCCCCCGCCUGGGCCUGCACUCCGUGGACGCGGUUCGAGACCCGAAAACGUGGCCGGACAACAGCACGCUGACUCUGCACAUGCUCACGGGACACUCGCCCCCAUACUGCGUGUCCUACAUGCUGGUGGAGAUGGACACAGCUGGCGAGGCCAUCAAGGGCUCACUGACCAUCAAGUUCAUGGGGCAGACAAGAGAGACUGCCGAGAUGGCCCUCUUCCAGAGCCUGCACAACUUUGUUCCGGAGCGCGGCGGCACAUCCCGGGUCCUCGCCCUGGAGCGAGACCUGGGCCCCCUGCGAUUCGUGGCCCUGCGAUUCUCGCCGAGCUCGCUGGCGUGGAACUUCCUUCGCUUCGCGGCCCCUCGCGCGUCGCACGCUGCCUCCACGCUGAGGAUCGCGCGGCUCCGCAUCACCCACCUCCUCGUCGAGCACGGGGAGCAGUUCUGCCUGUACAUGGUGCUGCUAAGUGAGGGACAGGUGGUGGGGAUGCCACUCUCCCGCUGCCAGAAUUGACUCCACCACCACUCAAUCACUCAUCCACCACCACUCAAUCACUCAUCCACCUCCACUCAAUCAUUCAUCCACCACCACUCAAUCACUCAUCCACCACCACUUAAUCACUCA